AUGACACGCCACCACCGGCACACGGCGCUUCACCUCGCCGCUGUCCUCGCGCUACUGUCCGCCACUACAAACUUGCCCGGCCUGAUGUUGGUGCCCGGUGUUGCGGCGGUAGAGGACCUCGAGGCCGAGGACGUCCCGCCCGAGUGCGCUCAGGUUUGCGCGCCGAUCGUACAGCUCACGGCGCGAUGCGAGGCGCAGGUGGAGGCCCAAUUCGGGAAGGACAAGCGGGAUCUACCGAUUCGACGAUACCAACAUGGAUUGGUACAGGACGGAGAGAUUAAGGAGAGAAGGGAAUGGAGAGGGGAUAGAAAGAAGAGGAGGAGGAGGAAUCUUCAGAGAAUGCUGGGGCGAAGACUCGGCGGGAGACAGGAGCCGGAGUCAGAGGAUAGCAGCGACGACGAAGAGGAGGCCCCGGCGAGUCUGGCUCCAGGAUCUGGGCUCGCUGCGGUACCUACGUUGGGCGUCGGACGCUCAGCGAGCGCGGAAAAGGCUGCGAAGGACGCCGCUAAGGAGGCAGCUGAGGCGGCGGCGAAGAAUGCUUCGAGGGCAUAUCAGAGAAAUCAUUGGAGAAUGCGGCUUCGUUGCCGCGCCGGCCGCCCCGGCUCCGGCACCGCCGGUGACGAUCUCUACGACUACUACCUCCUCUCCGCCGGUAGCCCCGCCGCCGGUGUUGAACCCAGCCGUGACAACUACCUUGCCGGCAAACUUGGCCCCCGCGCAACCUUUCCCAUCGUCGUCCACCUCUUCGUCCUCUUCAUCGAUACCCCCACCGCCAACGCCCGUUAUACCACCCGCCAUCCAGACAUCUACCUCAACAACUGCACCACCGCCGACCAUUCCACCGGCAGUUCAGACUCCUUCAACAUCACCUACUCCGCCGCCGCCAUCCGUGCCGCCCGUUGA